UCGAGAAGCGAUUCCACCAUUUGACGAUGGAGCAACUCCAAGCUCUGGAUAAAGUCCUAACUGAGGUCAUUCCCAUCCACGGGCGAGGGAAUUUUCCCACACUGCAGGUGAGUGCCAAAGACAUCAUCCGCUUGGUCAAGGAUCGACUUGUAGAAAGAAACAUCCGGGUUAAGGAUAUACGUCUGAAUGGAGCCGCGGCCAGCCACAUCCUGGUGAGGGACAAUGGCCUGGACGUCAGGGACUUAGACAUUAUUUUUGGAGUGGAGUUACCUAGGCAGGAGGACUUCCAGGUGAUCAAGGAGGUGGUGCUGGGCAGCCUGAGAGACCUCCUCCCAUGUGGAGUUAACAGACACAAGAUCACCUGCCUCACCAUGAAAGAAGCUUACGUACCAAAGAUGGUGAAAGUCUUCAACGAGCACGACAGAUGGAGCCUCAUCUCUCUGUCCAACAACAGAGCCAAAACGGUGGGCCUGAGAUUCGUCAGCGCCCUCCGUCGGCAGUUUGAAUUUAGCGUUGACUCCUUCCAGAUCAUCCUGGACCGCAUGCUGGAGUCCUACUGGGAGAGUGACAGGAAACACGCAAGCAAGGUGUUCUCAGAGACUGUGGAGGCAGAGUGCAUGUAUGGUGACUUCAACCAGGCCGUGGAGCACCUACGGCAUCGCCUCAUUGCCACACACCACCCCGAGGAGAUCCGAGGAGGGGGGCUGCUGAAAUACAGCCACCUCCUAGUGAGGAACUUCCGUCCAGCCAGCGAGACGGAGAUCAAGUCUUUGGAAAGGUACAUGUGCUCGCGCUUCUUCAUCGACUUUUCCGAUGUGAAGGAGCAGCAGCGCAAGAUCGAAGCCUACCUGCACUGCCACUUCACGGGCAGCGAGGAGAGCGCCAAAUACGACUAUCUGAUGACUCUGUGGCGCGUCAUCGACGAAAGCACCGUGUGCCUGAUGGGCCACGAGAGGAGGCAGACGCUUAACAUGAUCACAGUCCUGGCUCUGAAGGUACUGGGGGAGCAAAACGCCAUACCCAACACCGCCAACGUCACCUGCUUUUACCAACCGGCCCCUUACAUGAGCGAGCCCAUCUACAGCAGCUACUUCAUCGCGCAGGCCCAACCCUCGCUCGUCUACCAUCCCUACCCGCUCCACGUCCACAUGCAAAGCGGCCUGGUGUAG